CGCCGUAGACCUGCAAAUACAUGCAUUGGCUCACUGCUCACGCUUAUUCGAAGGCAAAUCGUCUGCGAAUACACACGCGUGCCGUGUCGCUGUCUACCGCCAGUUCCAUAGAGCCUAACGUUCUCAAGUUACGUGAUAAGAAUUGAUGUUAGUGUUUUCGUGUGGCCAUAAAUUACAAACAAGACCAUGUGUGGUUAGAACGUGCAAACUCGUAUUAAUGGUAAUGUUUCCAAAUUAAGCGACCGUAGUUGCGGAGCGGUAAAUGUGUUCAUUAAACGUAUUUAGUUAGAGUUUGACGAUAGUGAUGCCUGGACACACUGGAAGCCCGUACUGGGCGGCAGUGGACUUCGACAGUGAAGGUGAUGAUAAUCAAUCGCCACAAUCACAUCGCCGACUGUACCUCGACCCUUGGGAUCUAAUGAAUUCUUUUGCCGGCGAACCUGUAAGCGCCAGCUUUUAUUAUGUACCCACCAAGAACUACGAUUCUGGGGAAGAUUUCCCGGCGCCAAUGAAAAGAAUAGUUCCACCCGAAGAUAUAUCGGUACACCCUAUGUAUGGACGAAAGUCUUCCAAGAUAGCUAUGCCGGAAUACCCCGAUAUGCCGAUUUACAAUACCAGACCUAUACCGGAUCGUAGACGUUCAAUGUACAUAGAAGAGCCUUUGUAUGCUCCUCACCCAAUGGUAUACGAAACACCGUACGCAUACGCUCCACCUCCGGAUUAUAUGACGCAUAGACCCCGCAUGUCAUUAAAUCACCAUCCGGACUACAUAAUGGCGAACCUCUACAACAAGCAUAGAAGAACAUCCAGGAUGGCAGAGGCAUACGAGCAAUGCGUUUACGAAAGUUUGUCGCCGGAGUACGAAGAUUGGGCGCGGCCGUUUCCUAAAACGGCGCCCGACAACUUCCAUCUUUCGAGGUACGGUCAUUUGCAGAUCGACUAUUCCUGCAGCUGGAAUUCACUCGAUAGACUUAUUCGUAACCAUUGAAGAUCAACAUUUUACAACUGUUUAACAGAGAGAGUAGGCUGUGGUAUACAUUCCAUAAAAGUCGAAGAUACCAGAUUGGUAAUAAGAAAAAGAAAUUUUAGUUUUAUAAAAUCGUUAUUGUAGGCAUCAAUAACUAAAAUUAAAUUAUAAAGAGUUUUAAAAUAUAUUUUAUUUUUAACAACUUGCACAAACAAAGAUGGCUGCCACCACAGACUAUGUCAACACUUUCGUUAGCGACGCUUUGGAGGGAAAAUGCAAUAACGAUGUCGCCGGCAAGGCAAAGUGAAGACACGUGUCCAAUGUAUACAUAGAAAUAGUACGUGCCUAUUCACUAUGUUGUGUAAUAUGUUGGAUAACAAAAGCAUGUGUUGUGUAGUCUAUAACGGUUUAAUAUUAAAAAGAGUAAAUCGUCACAUCAACAAACGAUGGUCGAGAAAUAAAAUGCUUCAUGGAGUUGAUUUUAUCAAUAAAUGACAAAUUGUUGAAAUAUCAUCGACGAUUUCUUAAUAUUAUUAACAUCAAAAACAUUAACAGAAAAUAAGGUAGAAACUGUCCUAUGUUUGUUAUGCAAAAGUCUAGUUUUUAGUACUGUAUUGAAAAUUUUAGAACGAGUAUUUUUUUGAAUGUACCAGAUGUGACUUUGGAUUUUUUUAAAAACCAAAAGAUACUUUUACUUAAGUUGACUUAUAUGAAGCAGUUUUAUCAUCUAUUUUAGCUUAUAUUUUUUAGUUAUUAAGCGUAUUCACUAAUAAUUAUAUAAAAAAAAUGUU